UUGGAGGAGGUGUUGUUGUGGAAGAUCAGCCAGAUGUGAGUGCAGUAUUGUCUGCCUACAAUCAACAAGGGGACCCGACAUUGUACGAGGAAUACUACAGUGGAUUAAAACACUUCAUUGAGUGUUCCCUGGACUGUCAUAGAGCGGAAUUGUCUCAACUGUUUUAUCCUCUCUUUGUGCACAUGUACUUGGAAUUGGUCUACAAUCAACAUGAGAGUGAAGCAAAGUCUUUUUUUGAAAGAUUUCAUGGGGAUCAGGAGUGCUAUUACCAGGAUGACCUGCGUGUAUUGUCUAGUUUAACCAAAAAAGAACAUAUGAAAGGUAACGAGACCAUGCUGGACUUCCGAACAAGCAAGUUUGUGCUGCGUAUUUCCCGUGACUCCUACCAACUCUUGAAGAGACAUCUUCAGGAAAAGCAGAACAAUCAGAUCUGGAACAUUGUUCAGGAACAUCUUUACAUUGAUAUCUUUGAUGGAAUGCCUCGCAGUAAACAACAGAUAGAUGCCAUGGUUGGAAGCUUGGCUGGGGAGGCAAAACGAGAGGCAAACAAAGCAAAGGUUUUCUUUGGCUUGUUGAAAGAACCAGAGUUUGAUGUGCCUUUGGAUGAUGAAGAUGAAGAAGGAGAAAAUGAGGAAGGAAAGCCAAAGAAGAAAAAACCUAAAAAAGAUAGUGUAGGGUCAAAAAGUAAAAAACAAGACCCUAAUGCUCCUCCCCAAAACAGAAUUCCUCUGCCUGAGCUGAAAGACUCCGACAAGCUGGAUAAAGUAAUGAAUAUGAAGGAAGCUGCAAAGCGUGUGCGUCUUGGCCCAGAGUGCCUGCCCUCCAUCUGUUUCUACACGUUCCUUAAUGCUUACCAGGGUCUGACCGCAGUGGAUAUUACAGAUGACUCUAGCAUGAUUGUAGGAGGCUUUGCUGACUCUACUGUCAGAGUGUGGUCCUUGACUCCAAAAAAGCUACGUAGUGUGAAAACAGCAGCAGACCUCAGUCUCAUUGACAAAGAAUCGGAUGAUGUCUUGGAGAGGAUAAUGGAUGAGAAAACAGCAAGUGAGUUGAAGAUUUUAUAUGGUCACAGUGGACCUGUCUAUGGCACCAGCUUCAGUCCUGACAGGAACUAUCUGUUGUCCUGUUCUGAGGAUGGCACUGUCAGAUUGUGGAGUCUCCAAACAUUCACAUGUUUAGUGGGAUAUAAAGGACAUAACUAUCCAGUAUGGGAUACACAGUUCUCUCCUUAUGGUUAUUACUUUGUGUCAGGGGGACACGACAGAGUGGCUCGUCUGUGGGCAACAGAUCACUAUCAGCCUUUACGGAUAUUUGCUGGCCAUCUUGCUGAUGUGACGUGUACCCGGUUUCAUCCAAACUCUAACUAUAUUGCCACGGGCUCGGCAGACAGGACUGUACGGCUCUGGGAUGUUUUGAAUGGGAAUUGCGUAAGAAUAUUUACUGGACAUAAGGGACCAAUUCAUUCAUUGGCAUUUUCUCCUAAUGGACGAUUCUUGGCUACUGGAGCAACAGAUGGAAGAGUUCUGCUGUGGGAUAUUGGACAUGGUUUGAUGGUUGGAGAAUUGAAAGGGCACACUGACACUGUCUAUGCGCUCAGAUUCAGUAGAGACGGAGAGAUUUUAGCAUCAGGUUCAAUGGAUAACACAGUUCGUCUGUGGGAUGCUGUGAAAGCAUUUGAAGAUUUAGAAACUGAUGACUUUACUACAGCCACUGGACAUAUAAAUUUGCCUGAAAAUUCACAGGACUUGCUACUAGGUACAUACAUGACCAAAUCAACCCCAGUUAUACACCUGCAUUUUACACGCAGAAACUUGCUUCUGGCUGCAGGAGCCUACAGUUCACAGUGAAUUGGGAAGGUGGAAGACUGUGCCAAGUCAUUGCAGUAGUGACCUCAGGAUACAAGACAAGGAGGAAUGUCUUGUAGAGGUGGACCUAGUCUAUUGCAGGAAAAACAAAACUAUGUAAACUAAUGCAAGCAGCAUUAGUUCUCUCAGUUCUGCUAUUGCGUAUUUAUCCACAGUUUGAAAAUGCUGGAGAUUGACAAGACAUCAUGGCCGUGAGAGAAGGAAUUGUUCAUGGUGCUUUUCAUA